UACUAGUUCUAUUUGGUUCAUGACAAUGCAUUUCUACAUCAUUCUCAUUCCCAUAUGAGGUCUCUCUAACUCUUGGGACGAUUGGCUGGGAAAUUCUGGAAAUCUUUUUGUAGGUUCUUAGGAAAGGCACAGUUUUGCUUUCGUUUUCCCUUACACCAUAUUAUAAUGCCUUCAAGCAUCAAAUCAAAUUGGAUUUCAGUAUUAGUAUUCAGUAUUGGUGUUGAUGAGUGGUUACUCUUUCCUUCCGUGCAGGAUGUGUUUGCCACUGCUGAUUGCGGUGGGUUUCUUGAAAGUACUAGAAAACCAACCCUUCCAGCUUUGGUUCAGGUUGCAGAGCGGCAGGGGAAAUAUCUAUCACAUCGAUUAGAGCUGGUGGAGGUCAUGCCAAUGGAGCAAAUGACAUGGAACUGGGAGAUCCAUUUGUUUACAAGCAUCUAGGAAGCAUGGCAGCCAUUGGCUCUCGUAGAUCUUAGGUAGAGCAAGGAGUCUAUGCCGACAUUUCUUCUCCCUCCCUGUUCCUGAUUGUUGGAUGACUGGUUUGCGGAGUCUAUAUGCUAGUGCAGUUUGGCAAAUGACUUUGCCGCCACAUCUCCAUGGUGUGAAUCCUGUCUACGAUGAAUACCCAUGAUUGUUUAUAGAACCAUGCAAGUGAAUUCUUUUCGUUCCACUUCAGAGCUCCAACACUUGAGAUUUUGGGGAGAGCAUUUUCAGAGAGGACAGCCAUUGAUUGGACUGGUGAACCGGCAUUGCAGACUGCAUAACCUUAACUGAUACAUGUUUUUGUAUUAUGUGUUUGGUUUUUCGGUAAACAACAAGUAUGAAUUAAUUAAUUUUGCUACAGAAAUGAACUACUAGCCUUUAUGGAUGACAAAUUGAAAUAA